CAAGGCGAUGCCUGUAGCGCCGGCUACACCAUCACCGCAGACUCUCCCCAAGGCGAUGCCUGUAGCGCCCGCAACACCGUCACUGCAGGGGCUGCCCAAGGCGAUGCCUGUUCCGCCUGCUACACCGUCACCGCAGAGCCUCCUCCCCAAGGCGAUGCCUGUAGCGCCGGCUACACCGCUACUGCAGGGGCUGCCCAAGGCGAUGCCUGUUCCGCCGGCUACACCGUCACCGCAGGCGCUGCCCAAGGCGAUGCCUGUAGCGCCCGCAACACCGUCACCACAGGCGCCCCCCAAGGCGGCGCCUGUUGCCGAGGAGAAAGUGGCAACACCGUGCGAGCCGCCGCCUGUAGUUGAGGUGAAGGCGACAGCCCCGUCGCCGCAGAGCCUCCCGCAGGCGGCGCCGGUUGUUGACAGCACCGCGGGCCCGCCGCCUGUACCUGACGGGAAGCCGGCAACAGCGGCCCCGGCGCCUGUUGCCGAGGUGACCGCGGCGCCGCCGGAGCCCCCGAAGGCGGCGCCUGUUGCCGAGGCGACCGCCGCACCAGCCGCACAGCCGGAUCCACCCCAAGUGCCGCCUGUAGCCGAGGUGAACUCCGCAACAGCCACGCAGCCCGGCCCRCCCGCCGCGCCGCCUGUAGCCGACGUGAGCUCCGCAACACCCGCACAGCCGCAUGCGCCUGUUGCUGACGUCAAGCCGGCGCCGCCGCCGUCACCCAAGGCGCCGCCUGUUGUCGAGGUGACGCCGGCAACAGCGUCACCGCAGGGCCUCCCCAAGGCCAUGCCGGUUGUCGACACCCGCCUGGCCGCACAGCCGCUCGCCAAGGCCCCGCCGGUUGUUGAGCCUCGGGUGACAACCGCCGCGCCGCCUGUCGAGGCGACAGCGGCCCCAGGGAGCCCGCCCAAAGCGGCGCCUGUUGUCCAGCCGACACCGCCGGCCCUGCCCUGCGCGCCGCCUGUUGUCGAGGUGAAGUCGGUGCCGGAGCAGCCCGAAGCGCCGCCUGUUGUCGAGGUGAAAGCAGCCGCGCCGCCGCAGCAGAACAGCCCGGAAGCAACAGCCGCUGCCGAGGCAACAGGCGGCGGCCCCGCGGCACCAACCUCGCUGCCGCCUGUCCCGGCCCUCCAGCCCAAAGCGGAGGCGCCCGCCACGCAGCUACAGGCGGAGGAGCAACAGCCGCCGCAGGAGCAACAGCCGCCGCAGGCGGAGAGGCCGCCGGCCGACACCGUCGCCCCGGGCGCCAUCAAGACGGAGGCCCCUGAUGGGGCCGUGGCCGCCGCGUCAGUCGGCAGCGCCGCGUCAGUCGGCAGCACCGC